GGAAACACGUGUCCAUUUAAGGGUUAAUGCUGCUGCUAGUCACACCUCCUCCCUUCACAGCACAACAUUAGCUGCACUACACAGCUAUGCAUGCGGGACCAGGAAAAGUUUCCUGAGUUUUGUGAUUUAUGUCCCUCGACGUAGAAUUGCAGAAUGAACAGGGGCCGGGGGGGAGUGAGAAAAAGAACGGCAUCAGAGAAGACAGAUGCCCCUGAAACUUAUAAUGAGGAGAUACUUGCAGAGGUGCACCAACUUUUCAGCAAGGUCAGGACAUAUAUUCCCCCUGCUGGAGGAGAAUGGGCCCUGCCUGACCCAAACGUGGUGCUCUGUGAGCCCCAUGGGAGUCACCCGCGUUUGCAAGCCCUUAAACGGUCGCUAAACAAUGUAAAGAAUCAACUCAGUGAUAAAGACCUCUCGGUAUGGCACCAGCAUACAUGUUCCACCAACCGAGCAGGCACAAUUACAGCCCACCUGCGAUCCACUGCCAAUGCAGAGCUAUGCACCCAGGCUUGGGCCAAGUUUUAUGAGAUCUUGGGCUCUUUUAAACUUCUACCUGAAAAUGCAUUAAAGAGUGGGGAGUUGAACUCUAUACACCUGUGUGAAGCUCCUGGUGCCUUUAUAUCAGCUCUGAAUCACUUCCUAAAGACAAACCGUCUGCACUGCGAUUGGAACUGGGUUGCCAAUACACUAAAUCCAUACUACGAAUCCAAUGGACGUGGUUGCACUAUCACAGAUGACAGACUUAUUGCACACACUCUGCCUUGGUGGUUCUUUGGUUCUGACAACACCGGGGACAUCAUGCUUCAGAAGCAUCUGCUAGAACUGUCAAAAUUCGUUAGUAACAUGCGCAGUGUAGAUUUGGUUACAGCAGAUGGAAGCUUUGACUGUCAGGAGGACCCAGGGGAGCAGGAGAGCUCAGUUGCUCCUCUACAAUAUUGUGAAGCAGUUUGUGCUCUGCUGCUGUUAGAUACUGGAGGCUCAUUCGUGUUGAAGAUGUUCACGCUGUUUGAACACUCAUCUGUCUGUCUGCUUUACCUUCUGGCAUGCUGCUUCCGUUCCGUGAACGUCUUCAAGCCGGGCACCAGCAAAUCUGGAAAUUCCGAACUUUAUGUAGUAUGUUUGGACUAUCAGGCCAAAGAAUCGAUAAGGCCAUUGCUGUCAAAGUUAAUCCGUAAUUAUGGUCCUGAUUUGGCCACCACAGCAGCAAUCUUUCCCCAGCACUGCAUUCCAAAUUCAUUCCUCAGUCAACAUGAGGAGAUUUGCACUUUUUUCCAUGGAUUGCAAGUUAAUACAAUUCAGGAAAACAUUCGGCUUUUUGCACACAUGAGUGUAGAACAGCGCAGGCGUUUGGACCGGCUCAGGGAAUGUGCGGCAGAUUUUUAUACAAAGCGCUUUAAUGUUCUGUACCUCCCAAGGAAAAACUGGGUUUGCCGUGGUGGGGUGGCCAAAUGGGUAAAGCCCAGUGAGAAGAAGCAAAUGGGCUCUUUCAAUCACCGCAAGGAGAUGCAACUCCAGGGAUGGAAGUUACGCCUUGCUCAAGGAAAUCUUGGGGCAUUCAUAAUGGAUCAUGACAUGGGGACAAAAGGAUGUGAGAUUGUGUUAAAUGGCCCACUGGAUGAAUGUGAUUUGAGGGACUGGUUUGUCCUUGAGGGAGCUGCUCUACCAAAAGUGUGCAGUUCCACCUUCUGUGAUCAAGAAUUGCUAGACUUCCUGAAUGAAGCCCUAGAGGAGAACCUGAGGGUAAAAGCAUUAAAUUCUGUUGACAAAGCAAUGACGACAUGCAGCUCCUGCAGCGUUCACUCCCCUGUAGACAUCUUAUCUGAGAUUUGCAGCCUUCCUGAUGUCACAUCUUGUUUGGUGCUGGGAAGCCAGUCGUGGUGUGACAGAAGACUGGAGGGCGUUAAGUUUCAGCCAAAGUUUUUGCAAGGACCCUUCUGCUGUGAAGCAACAGAGUCCACUUUGCACGAUGGACAACCAGACUUUCAACUUAAACUCCUGGACGGCAUGCUUUCUGCACUCCAGGGGCAACAUCAGGGGUCAGCCCUGGUGAUUCCAUUAUGUACGGCCUUAACACGAUUCACAGCUGGUCUGAUAUUCACACUCCACCUGUGCUUCCGUCACAUCACAUUCCACUGCUCAUCCGGUUGUCCUCCAGCUGCACUUGUGUGUGUGGGAUUUUGUCCACCAUUGGCCGUACCCCAGCUUCUGGAUUUUCUUGGGGAUCUGAUGGAGAAGAUGAAGAAUAUUAAACCUGAAGAGGGCAGACAGGUUCUGCAGUUUGUACCUUUGGAGGAGCUUCUCAAAGGCUCAUUACCUCGCUUCCUGUCCUCUUUUAACACCGCUAUAAUUCGGCAGCAUCUGCAUGUGCUCAUGCAGGUUGACUAGUGCGCAUAGUUAUUCCCUCCAGUGGCAUAUAUGGAGGAUUUUUUUCAGUUAGACAUAUAAAGUUAUCGUCAAGCCUUAAUUUACUCAGAUUGAAAAUAAUGUCCAAGUGGUACAAUGGAUAUUUACGUUUGUAACAGACUUACUUUAAGAUAUAUUGUUUUUGUAAAUCAUACUGGGGAGAUGAGGUUACUUAGACUUUGAAUAUGCCGAACAUGAUUAUAGAGAUUAUAUUGCUUAUAUUUAUUUGAAACACAGCUUGUGCAGUUGUGUCUGAAAUAUUUCUUUUAAUAUUUAUGUUUCUGUAAAUAUUUUCUUAACACUUAGAAGUGCUUUAAACAUCUUUUAGUCCUUUCUGAAUCAUUAAAACAUUUUCUUUAAUGAA